CACACCCUUCGCCACAUUUCUCCUCCGCCCCCUCGCCUCCGCCGGAUUAGCGAAUCAGCCCCCGCCUCCAUGGCGUCCGCGUCCGGGUCCGGCCCACCAAAAGACGACGAAGGGGUCCAAGGGCGCGAGGGAGGCCGGGGCCGCGGCGCUGCUUCGGUCGAGCCGAGAGGAAAGGAGAAGAUCGGCGAAGGUUCUACGACCAGGGCACCGCCGCUUGAUUUUGAAGAGCUCGCCAAGAAUGUCAGGAUCGCCGACUACCCUCCUCGCGGACCUCGCAUCAGGCGGCGAAGGAGGAAGGCGAAGAAGCCCGACUCCCUGCUAACGAAGUUGCUCAAGAGAAGCAUUCUCGCGUUUCAAAGUGUCAAGAAGAAGCUUUCAGUCAGAAAAGGAAAACAACUGGAUGAAGCAAGCACGCCAAAAUCACCACCUCAUGUGGAUCACAAGAAAAUUCCCAUGGACGAAGCCGUGUAUCAUUAUUAUGGGGACCUCAAUACUGCUAUUCAAAAAUGUAUUGCGCUACCGGCUGCACAAUCUUUUGGCCUUGGGCGUUUGGUCUCUCUUGAUAGUCAUUAUUCAGAACUGAGACCGGUGCAUAGAGAUGGGGAGAGUUUCUACAGGAGCUUCAUAUUUUCUUACCUGGAGCAAAUUGUUGAUAGGGUAGACACACGUGAGGAAGAUCGUCUUCUUGGUGCUGUUAGAGGAUUGGCUAGACGAGCUGAACAUUUUCAGUGGGCCUCGGAAUUUUCCAAAAGACGUGAAGCAUUUCAGAGGCUGAUAGAGAAAAUAAAGGGAUGGAAGCUCAUGUCGGAGGUCCCAACAUCAACACGCAGGGGGGAAUUUCUUCUCGAGUUCUUCAGCAGUUAUGAUACAACAGAUGACAUUUUUGCUUUCCUCAGAUUAGCAGCAGCUAUCUGGAUGUGCUCGCCCGACAACAGAUCGAUGUAUGCAGCAGGUGUAACUGAGCUUGGAAAUCGCAGUCUGGAAGAUUGGUGCUUGACGCAGGUUGUUCCCCCCCGUGUGCACGCGGACAGUGUUACAAUGAACGCCUUGGCGGCCGCACUUCAGGUGGCCAUCCGUGUGGAGACGCCGGAUUUUGGAGGUCGCCAAGAUAUGUACUACAUUUCCCGUGACACUCCCCAGGUGUGCAUGAUGCGCGUGGAAGACCCUCACUAUGACAUCGUCUACCCACUCUCUCCUGAUUCGAUCCACGGAAGGCAUGUGCCGGAAGAGGAAGAAGAAGCGAGCUGGUUCAAAUCAUGCUGCACAGGUGGUGGAGAUUCAGAUCUGCCACGGCCUGCACGACCACGACAGCAACGAGGAGGAGGAGGAGGAGGGGCCAAGAAACAUCGUGAUCCUGAAGCUGGGACUUCUUCGAGUGGAGGGGCAGAGGGAGAUGGUGCUGAGAGUUCAAGGCAAGGGGCAGCGAGAGCGAGGUGGCUCCGCUCCUGCGUUGGCGGUUCCAAGAAGAAGCAGUCUUGAGCUGAUGAAAGCUGAUACUAGUAGCUAGUAGGGUCGAUGAAUAGGCAGGCCACCAUCUGUUGUCUUGAAAACAUUAACCAUUGAUUCAACCUGAAUUGUGAUCUUAAGUAGCUAGGAUCGAUCUUUGACAUGGCUUUGGUGCACAGGAUUUUGUUAUGUGACAGAUAGUAACUGAGAUGAAUCCAGGUUACUUCGGUUUUCGUUUCUGGUCGAUUUACUGUGUGUGGAGUUGAUUGCUGUGCACCCUUUGCCUUCAUCUUGGCUUCCGAGUUUUGAACUUAAAUUGCACUCUAUCUGCCUGGGAUUGGCCUUGGGAAAUAUAUGGGAUAAGC